UGGGCGGUAGCUUACGCCACCUAGCCUAACCUAGAAAAUGUUGUCAGUGUUGCCCACAGUUGUUCCUUGUGUUGACGGUGCUGUGGCGGUCCUUUGAAGUGCGCAUUUCCAGCGUUGGAGGCUGUGUUGUCGUGAUUUCUCCAGGCUGCGCGGUGCCGAUGAAUUACGGCUAUGACUGGGUGUUCUGCACCGAACUGCAAGAACCGCACGGAAAACGGGAAAUCGUUCUUCUCGGUACCAUUUGGACGAUCGGUCGCCGUCGUCCGCCGCCGACUUCAAUGGCUGUUGCGCAUGCGCCGCGAAAGGCCGACGACGAGAGGAGCAAAACUAUGCGAGGAUCAUUUUACGCAGGACCAGUUUGAAGAGUACUCCGUGAAGGGGAAAAAGAGACUAAAAGCAGAUGCUGUGCCCACCAUUUUUUCUUUUUCAUCACCGUCAGAAUUCAUUGUUGGCAUGCCCACUGAGCUGUCUACGCCAAGAUCAGGAGAGCAGCCAAGUACCCGUAAGGACUCGACCUCAGCACCAGCAGGUUCCAAAGCACUGGAACAUUCGGCUGCUUCUGCCUCAAAGCUUGCUGCAAUAUCUAUGGAUCAGCCGUCUCACGCAGCUGCCCAUCCGGACUAUGCGCCUAACCUCCUGAACGAACCUGCCCCCGACUUGCGAGUUCUGAUGUGCAUCCGGAAGGCAUUGCAGAGGGAACCACCAGAGGCAAUCGGUAACAGCGAUACCCAGCCCUCUGCAGCUCUGCAGUCCUAUGACAGUGGGAUCCGAGGUUCAAGCAGUGAAAUGGAGGCUGCUGGCCAAGAGAACUCCUCAUCUUCCCUGUCUUCUGUCCACAAGUUGGCAAGAAAAUUCGAGAAAGACCAAGCAGAGGUAGCGAAAGCAGCUGCCAGCCAGACCCAACCAUCCGCAGGUCUACAGCCACACGACAGUGGAGCCCAAGGUUCAUGCAACGAAACGGAAGCUGCCAGCCAGGACAGCUCGUCUUCCCUCAACGAGUUGGCAAGGCGACUCCAAGAGGACCAUACAGAGGGAGUGGAAGCAGGUGCCGAGGACGCCGAUCAGCCAACAAAAGAAGACCCUUCAGCAGAGCCGCAGGUUUCACCCGAAACUCUUCGCCACGUCAAAGACAACCUUCAAAGGCACCUGCUCAAGCUUAAAAAGAAACGAAAAAAACAGUGACCUUUUAAUUAUGUACAGAUGUUCUCAUCCUCAAGCUGCAGAGAAUGCACCUAGAGUUAGAUUCAUUUCAAAUACCA